AUGGGAGAUUGUGAGAUCCUGGCAGGAAUGAGACCCAGGAGCUGUCCAGCAGCUGCCCCCUGCACAGACCAAGAGAAGCUCCGGCUCAGGGGAGGAGACACCGAGUGCUCAGGGCGAGUGGAGGUUUGGCACGAUGGCUCCUGGGGCACGGUGUGUGAUGACUCCUGGAGCCUGGCAGAGGCCGAGGUGGUGUGUCAGCAGCUGGGCUGUGGCUCUGCCCUGGAUGCCCUGCAGAGGGCGGCAUUUGGCCCGGGAAAUGGGAGCAUCUGGCUGGAUGAGGUGAAGUGCAGGGGCAGGGAGUCCUCCCUGUGGGAUUGUGCUGCCAAUCCCUGGGGACAGAGCGACUGCAAGCAGGAAACAAUGCUGGAAUGCGGCGCUCUGGUUGAGUAGAAGGACCAGGGUGUUGGGUGAGGAUCCAAGGACAUGUG